UCUUCGGUAGUAGAAAGAAAAUGACAAAAGCUUUGUCAUAAUAAUCUGAUAUUUCCUUUAAUUAGUAGACCCCUCCGAAAAUCCUCUAAAAUACUCUACUUCUCUUUCUCUUUUUUCUUACUCUUUCUCUUUCGGAAGAACGAUUCAAUCGCAAGCAAGAAAUUCUAGAAUUCCUUAGAUGUCUUCAGAGAAGGUGCAUGUGGAGCACUGUAAAGGCGUCAAUGGCCUCGACAAGGUUAUCUUAAGGGAGAUUCGCGGUUGCUCUGCUGAGGUGUAUCUGUAUGGAGGUCAAGUCACUUCUUGGAAGAAUGAACUCAGGGAAGAGUUGCUUUUCUUAAGUAGUAAGGCUAUUUUUAAGCCUCCUAAGGCUAUUCGUGGAGGUGUACCAAUCUGUUUUCCUCAAUUCAGAAAUAUUGGUUCUCUCGAGCAACAUGGAUUUGCAAGGAAUCGAGUUUGGAGUGUUGAUCCUGAUCCCCCACCAUUUCCAUCAAAUACUUCUCACAGGGCCUUUGUUGACUUAAUCCUCAGGCCCUCUGAAGAAGAUGUGAAGAUCUGGCCUCAUAGGUAUGAGUGUCGGUUAAGGGUAGCUUUGGGACCUGGAGGUGAUUUGAUGUUGACAUCCCGCAUUCGAAAUACAAACACUGAUGGAAAGUCGUUUACGUUUACAUUUGCCUAUCACACCUAUUUUUUCGUCACUGAUAUCAGUGAAGUGCGAGUAGAAGGACUAGAGACACUGGAUUAUUUGGAUAACCUAAAGAACAGAGAGCGGUUCACUGAACAAGGAGAUGCAAUAACAUUUGAAUCAGAAGUGGAUAAAGUGUAUCUCGGUGCGCCAACAAAAAUUGCUAUCCUGGACCAUGAAAGGAAGCGAACGUUUGUGUUGCGAAAGGAUGGACUUCCAGAUGCUGUGGUGUGGAAUCCCUGGGAUAAGAAAGCAAAGGCGAUGGCUGAUUUGGGCGAUGAUGAGUAUAAACAUAUGCUUUGUGUGGAAGCUGCUUGUGUGGAGAAUCCCAUCACCUUGAAACCUGGUGAAGAGUGGAGAGGAAGGCAGGAGCUCUCGGCUGUUCCAUCUAGUUACUGUAGUGGACAGCUCGACCCGCGAAGAGCUCUCUUUAGUGGUUGAAUGCUGGCCUUUCUCGGGCAUCUCUUCUCAUGUACAGUCUACAGCAAUCCGGUUUGCACAGCCGAUUAGGCCUACUCCAACUGGCUCCACAGUAAGUGCUAGCCCAGCAUUAAUUGCAAAUUGUCUAUGUGCCGGAAAUUUCAUAUAAAAAAGGUAAGGAAAAUUUGCAAAUUCAGGUUCUUUGGGUGUUUGAUUACUAGUCCAUUAUUAUUUUUUUCAUAUUUCCUUUAGGAUUUAGUUACUAGGAUUCAAUUGUUAGUACAUGUAUUUUUAUUUUCAAAAGCAAAAUUUGAAUCCCCUUUUUCUUAAAAUAAAAAAAAUAAAUUAGUUUAUUCAUUGGAUUUUUAAAAAUUUAUGGUCACAUUUAUGUUGAUUUGCAUUAGUUACUACAAAUCAUUUUAUUCAUAAUGACGUAGAAAUUAGAAUACU